UUGGAAUCUUUACAGCAGGAGGACGCACCCUGAGAAGAACAGCCGGACCAGAAAGGGGCGGGGCGAACACGUGCGCAUUCACCGCUGAUUGGCUGUUCACUGGAGGUUGGGCGAAGCACUAGAAUCCGGUAUUCUGAUUGGCUGAGAGACCCACGCUCAGCUGGUUCAGGGUCUGGAGCUUUUCUGAGGUUGAAGACGCUGGGAGUAAGAAAGCUGCUGCAGAUUAUUUGAUAAAACCCGAACAACUGAUCAACACAAAUCUGUCUCAUACAACCCCCGUUUAUCUCCCCGUUUCUUCAGACUACAGGUUUCCUUCCAAGGCUUUUGGUAAGAUGGCACUUUGGUACCAGCUUCAACAGCUGGACUCGAGAUACCUGGAGCAGAUCGGUCAACUUUACGAUGACGCCUUCCCCAUGGAGAUUCGUCAGUACCUCAGCCAGUGGAUUGAAAGCAUUGACUGGGACACUGUAGCCCUUGAUGAGUCCCUCGCGAGGCUGCGUUUCCACGACCUACUGAGUAAACUGGAUGAGCUCUACGGUCGCCUGAACCCAAGCAACAACUUUCUCCUUCAGCACAACUUCCGCAAAAUACAACGCAACCUGCAGGAGCACUUUCAAGAAAAUCCGACAUACAUGGCUAUGAUCAUAUCAAACUCCAUGAAAGAGGAAAGGAGAAUUCUGGAGAUGGCCAUUAGAACACAGGAAAAUAUGGGCUCCCCUCAGGGCAAUGUUGUAAUGGAGAAGCAAAAGCAGAUGGACAGCCAGGUGAACGAACUGAAGAAAAAAGUUCAGGAAGCCAAACAAGACAUUCGGGUUCUAGAGGAUCUACAUAAAGAACAUGUCUUCAAGACAAAAACAUUACAGAGUAGAAUGGAGGUUGAAACAACCAUACAAAUAGCCAAAGAGAUUCAGCUGGAGGAACUGAAGAUCAGAGAAAUGUUCCUUAAGCUAAAUACAAUGAGACAGGCCGUAGUAAUGGAGGUAUUUAAUGCGCUAAACUUAGCGGAUUUGACCAAGAACAUGCUAAUAUCAGAAAAGCUUCCAGAGUGGAAGCAGAGGGAGCAGAUGGCAUGCAUUGGUGGUCCUCCAAAUGCCUGCCUGGAUCAGUUACAGAACUGGUUUACCUCAGUAGCUGAGUGUUUGCAGCAGAUUCGUCAUCAGCUGAACUUGCUUCAGGAGCUGGUGCAAAACUUCACGUACGAUAACGACCCCAUCGCUUUGAACAUGUGCUCAAUGCAGGAGCAGGUGUUGUCGCUCUUCAAAAACCUCCUUAUCAAUUCCAUUGUGGUAGAAAGACAGCCAUGCAUGCCCACUCAUCCGGAGAGGCCCCUGGUGCUGAAGACUAAUUCACAGUUCACAGUUAAACUCAGGUUGCUGGUGAAGCUCCCGGAAUUGAACUGCCAGCUUAAAGUCAAAGUCUCCUUGGAUAAGGACUUAACAGAUAAGAAUACCUUCAAGGGCUUUCGUAGGUUUAAUAUAUUAGGAACCAGCACCAAGGUCAUGAAUAUGGAGGAAUCAAACGGCUGCCUGUCUGCAGAGUUCCGGCACUUGCAACUGAAAGAACAGAAGUCAGUUGGUAGAGCCAAUGAGUCUCCUCUUCUCAUCACGGAACAACUUCAUUCGCUCAGCUUUGAGACUCAACUCAAACAAUCAGAUAUCACCAUCGAUAUUAUGACCACUUCACUUCCUAUAGUGAUUAUAUCUCAUAACAGCCAGAUUCCAGGUGCCUGGGCCUCCAUCAUCUGGUUUAACAUGCUCUGUACUGAUUAUCAGAACCUUGGGUUUUUCCUGAACCCUCCUCCAAUGAUGUGGGGAGAGCUGGCCAAGGUCCUGAGCUGGCAGUUUUCCUCCAUUACUAAGAGAGGCCUUAAUACAGACCAGCUGAGCAUGCUGGCAGAUAAACUACUCGGUCCUGAGGCUCAGGAAGACCCGGACACUGCUGUCAACUGGUGUAAGUUUAUCAAGGAAAACAUUCACGGGACGUCGUUCAGUUUCUGGCUGUGGCUCGACUCCAUCCUGGAGCUUAUCAACAAACAUCUACUUCCUUUUUGGACUGACGGGUACAUCAUGGGGUUUGUGAGUAAGGAGAUGGAGCGUGCUCUGCUGAAGAACCAGGAGUCUGGGACAUUCCUGCUGCGAUUCAGCGAGAGUCAUCUAGGAGGAAUCACCUUCACCUGGGUGAAGCAGGCAAACGGUAAGGCAAAAUUCAUGUCUGUAGAGCCCUACACCAAAAAACGCCUCAGCGCACUUCCUAUCGCCGAUAUCAUCCGGGAUUAUAAAGUCAUCGCAGACGGGGUCGUCCCAGAGAACCCUCUAAAAUUCCUUUAUCCCAAAAUCCCGAAAGACAAAGUGUUCGUGAAACAUUCCACCAGUCAGCCGACAUUCAGCCAGUACAUAUCGACUAAUCUGAUUACCAUCUCUCUGAACACAUCUCCUCUUUCCUGCUCGUCUCCGGGAAUGUAGCACACGCUCAGCAGCACAUCAGCCUCUUCGAGAUCGAAAGUGUUAUGAGCUCAUUCUCUUUGCUCCGGCACAGAGGCAUGUGAGAAAUGUGUGUGUGUGUGUGUGUGUGUGUGUGUGUGUGUGUGUGUGUGUGUGUGUUUAAAAUCAUGUCUUUGUCUUUGUCCACUCCUGCAAUCUCACAUAUCCUCUUUCUGUACAUUUUAUCUGAAUACAAACUGAAUGUUAUGACGCACAGGGUUUGAAAACUGAAUGUAAUGUAUAAAUAUCAGAAACGGUCCGGAAUCCAAAAGGACAUAACCACAUUCACUCGGUAGAUUCGAGCAUCUCUAAGGAUUUUUGACACAUGAUGUCGAGCAGGAAUAAAACUGAAAUCGAUGAUCCCGAUCAGUAAUCUGUGUGGUCUCCAUGACGUGUCUGGUUUUCCUUUUGUUCCCGUCCGUAAUUUUUUAUUUUAUUUUUUAUUUUUUGAACACGUUUUCUGCUCCAUGAAUGUAUCAUUUGUUUUGAUUUUCAAUAAAAAUUAUAAAACAGU